AAAGGAAAGCAAUGGACCGGCUAGCACCAUAUGGGAGUGAUCCCUUUGACAAACCACCCUGCAAAGGGUGUUCAUCAUAUCUCAUGGAACCAUACAUUAAAUGUGCUGAAUGUGGACCUCCUGAAUUUCUUCUGUGUUUACAGUGCUUCUCAAGAGGAUUUGAAUAUAAAAAGCACCAAAGUGAUCAUAGCUAUGAGAUCCUGACUUCAGAUUUUCCCAUCCUAGAUCCGAGCUGGACAGCUCAAGAAGAAAUGUCACUUCUUGAAGCAGUAAUGGAUUGUGGAUUUGGAAACUGGCAAGAUGUAGCCAAUCAGAUGCGGACAAAGACAAAGGAGGACUGUGAAAAACACUACAUGAAAUACUUUAUCAACAACCCACUAUUUGCAAGCACCUUGCUGAAUCUGAAGCAAGCAGAGGAGGAAAUGAAUAUGGACACAGCUGUUCCAUUUCAUCCUGCAGAAGACCCACCAAGACCAACUUUUGACUCUCUCUUGUCCAGAGAUAUGGCAGGAUAUAUGCCUGCUCGUGCGGAUUUCAUUGAGGAGUUUGAUAACUAUGCUGAAUGGGACUUAAGAGAUAUCGAUUUUGUUGAGGAUGAUUCUGAUAUUUUGCAUGCUCUGAAAAUCUCUGUUGUAGAUAUAUAUCAUUCACGGUUAAAGGAAAGGCAGAGAAGGAAAAGAAUUAUAAGAGAGCAUGGCCUUAUAAAUCUUAGGAAAUUUCAAAUUUUAGAACGACGGUAUCCCAAGCAUGUCCAAGAGCUUUAUGAAGCAAUGAGGAGAUUUGCCAGGAUAUUGGGGCCAUAUGAACACGACAAAUUCAUUGAAAGUCAUGCACUGGAGUAUGAACUCCGCAGAGAGAUCAAGCGAUUACAGGAGUACAGAAAUACAGGAAUCAAAACAUUUUGCAGUGCAAAAAUAUAUGACCAUCUAAAAAAGACUCGUGAAGAGGAGAGGUUGAAGCGAACAAUGCUGUCUGAAGUGCUUAAUUGUAUCCAUGAUGGGAAUGCCUGCCACCAGUGGCUUAAACGACAAGCUGCCAUUGAUUCAGGAGUACAUCAUGUCCCCCCUCUGGUUUCUAGUUCAGGUCGCCGUAGUGCCCCACCCCUAGACUUAACAGGACUCCCUGGCACUGAGAAGCUGAAUGAUAAAGAAAAGGAGUUAUGCCAAGUGGUGAGGUUGGUUCCAGGUGCCUAUCUAGAAUACAAAGCAGCCUUAAUGCAUGAGUGUACCAAGCAAGGAAGCCUUCGCCUGGCACAGGCUCGAGCACUUAUCAAAAUAGAUGUUAAUAAGACUCGUAAAAUUUAUGAUUUUCUUAUACGCGAAGGAUAUAUCAUAAAACCUCAGCCAUAAUGGAGACCAUGAACAAAUUCUGACAACUUCAACAUUGUGGCAUCAAUAAUAUUUAUUUCUGGAACCGUCAGUAGAACAAAUAGUUUGCCUGGAUGAAUGGUGAUGUCUUGUCAGUGUGUACUGUGUUUGCAUUGUACCAUUCCAGCUUCAGACAACUUCUGUGUGUUGUAACCUUAGUCAGCUGCAAAACUGUUUGGACAAUUAAAAGUUUAAACUUACCUUUGCUGUCCAACAGUUGUUUGGAGACCCACUACGUUUAUAAAAUAUUGAUACAACACUACUAUUUUUCAAAGGCUUAACCAGAACAGAAGAUGAACACUUAAACCAAGUCUCACCCUAGGCCAUCAGUUUGGAGCCACCCUCUACCAGUGCGUAACUCCCAAUGAGCAAUGAAAUUAUGGGCCAUUUCAACAUUGUCUUACACCAGUCCACCUGCAUUUCAUGUAUUUUGCACUCUCAUAAUACAUUUUUAGAAAUAAAUAGGUGUAUGUUAUUACCUACAUGUUCAAACACAUCACUUCUCCUCAGAGACCUAGAUCUAGUAACGGCAGGAGCUUAUUUCCAUGCAGCUAUUGUCUCCACAAGUUGUAUUACUGCUUUCAAAUGCUAUCUGUCUGGUCAGUACUGAAAUCUGUUACAUCUUCUAAGUGCACUCCUAAAUAUUAUGCCUUGCUAUGGUACUACUAAUAGACUACUAUCGAGAAUGCUUGGGAUCUUGGGGUUUUCCAGAUAAGGGGUCUUUCCGUAAUUUGGAUCUACAUAACUUAAAUCUAAUAAAUAUCAUUUAGGGCGAA